CUGACAAGAUCUGUUCCCAGGUGGUUAAGUUAAGACAGUUGGAUGACAUGGCCGAUUACUCUGUUAACCAUUAUUAUUCUUGCGUGUUGGAAUGGUGUCACGUAGCAAGGGGCGAUGUCUUGCGCUUGUGCAAGACUCCGCCCUUUGUUGGUUACUACAUGGCUCUGCUGGCGAGAGACUCCUGUCUUCCGCAAGGCCCCACCGUUAGCCCUUGCGUGCAAGCGCAAAGCCAACGAGUUGGACUCGUCCGUCGUUGGAACGUGCCACUAGUCACCCGGGCCUUUGUCCGGAGCCGGGUCUGCGUCUCUGUCCGCCCAGGCGAACGGACUGGGUGCCCUAGGCCAGGUGGGCAAAUCCAUCGACUCCAUGGGCGGUGGACUCGGGCAGUUAAUUGGAACCCGUCGCCAUGUCCAUUGUCCGGAGCCGGGUCCUGGCCUCUGCCAGCGCAGGCGAAGGGACUCCCUACCCACCGUGGUGUGGGCAUACCCAACACCUCCACAGGGCAGUUCAUUGGAACCUUCAGCAUUCCAAUUGUGGGUGAGAAAUUGCAAUAUUUACUCACAACCAAUCCCUCAAAUGCCAGAUUUUGAAUAUAAACCUAAAAUAUAUGUGGGCCCAAGCUAUGAGCAUGUGAAACAUAUAAGAACAAGAAAUAUUUUAACUGCCUUUGCACCAGAUUUUAAGGAACCACUUCUCAUCCAUGAGGGCAAAAUGCAGUGGCUGUUUGAUCACACUGGGAGAAGAUAUCUUGACAUGUUUGGAGGCAUUGUUACUGUUAGUGUGGGGCACUGUCAUCCGAAGGUCAAUCAAGCAGCAAUGCAACAAAUGAAUGCACUGUGGCACACCUCAAAUUGUUACAUGAAUCCAAUAUUGCAUGAAUAUGCUGAAAAACUUACUUCUAAACUUCCUGGAGAUUUGAAGGUUGUUUACUUUGUGAACAGUGGGUCAGAAGCAAAUGACUUUGCUAUAUUUCUGGCUCGAUUACAUACUAAAAACUCUGACAUAAUCUCUUUCCGUAAUAGUUAUCAUGGAAUGAGUUCUUUAACAAUGAACCUUACUGCACAGUCUUCUUGGAAAAAUCAUGUUCCUUUGGCAUUUGGUUUCCAUCAUGCUAUGAAUCCAGAUGUUUAUCAAGGACUAUGGGGAGGCUCUCAUUGUCGUGAUUCACCUGUCCAAACUACACGCCACUGCAACUGCAAACCAAAUGAGUGUAAUGCUUGUGACAUGUACUAUGGUCAACUGGAGGAAAUUUUCAAGUAUUCUGUACCUAAGGGUAAAAUAGCUGGUUUAUUUGCUGAGUCUGUUCAGGGUAUUGGUGGCACUGUUCAGUAUCCAAAGGGAUUUUUGAAAAAAGCAUAUGAAUUGGUGAGGAUGAAUGGUGGAGUCUGCAUUGCUGAUGAGGUACAGACAGGUUUUGGAAGGACUGGAGAACAUUUCUGGGGAUUUGAAAUGCAUGGUGUGACACCAGAUAUUGUUACCAUGGCAAAGGGAAUUUGCAAUGGUCUUCCCAUGGGUGCUGUUAUCACAACACCCGCUUUAGCUGAAUCACUGAAAGAGGCAUAUUUUUACAACACAUUUGGAGGUAAUCCAGUAGCAUGUGCUGCAGGCUUGGCAGUCCUGAAUGUUAUAGAAGAAGAAAGGAUUCAGGAAAAUGCCCAUACUGUUGGAGCCUACCUUCUGAUGAAACUCUCUGAUUUGAGAGAUCAGUUUGAAUGUAUAGGGGAUGUGAGAGGGGCAGGGCUAAUGAUUGGGAUUGAGAUGGUAACUGAUAAAGAAACAAAAAUUCCCCUUCCAGCCAACCAGUUUCUGAACAUCUGGGAUGACUGUAAAAAUAUGGGUGUUAUUAUUGGUCGUGGAGGAAUGUAUAAAAAUAUAUUCCGAAUGAAACCACCAAUGUGCAUCACCAAAGAAGAUGUUGAUUUUGCAAUUGACGUUUUUAAAAUUGCAAUUCAGAAGCAUCAGAAGACUGUUAAAAUGUAGCCAGAACAUUUUCAUUCUAUAAGCAUUUUUCGCUUAUUUUCCUUAUUUUACAAAAAAUACAGGCUCAUAUGUGUCUGUUCCCUUUAUACCUUUAGAACCAGCUGACAGAUUUUUCAUUGUAACUUGUUAUAAAUAUCAUGUCAGUAAUUUCUUAACAUCUGUACAAAUGACAUGGCAGCUAUUUAACUCACAAGGUUGGAGUGACACUGUCACCAGUUAAUGUGAGGUCCAGAAAAAUUUCUGUGAUAACAGAUUUGUAAAAAUAUACAACUCAAGUUAAAGGUAAUUACUUUAGCUUUCUAUUUGAUGGAACAUGGUGCUGAGUCAUGCAAUUUCUGCCAGGAACAAGGAAUUUACAGUUUUCAUUUAACUUCGUCAGUGGACACGAUGUAUAUUAAAUAUAAAGAUGACUAUCUAUUGGGUUGUAUUACCAUGUAGUCUGGUAGAAGUUUACCAACAUUUCAGAGGUCCUUGCUGCGUCCAUCAUCAGGGCAAUGAGUAUUCACCUGAUGACGGAGGCAGCAAGGACCUCUGAAAUGGUAAACUGCUACUUGUUUUUAAUGUGUUUACUUCUAGAUUAAUUUCUGUACUGGCCUGUAAGAGGCCUUUCCUGAUGGCAUAGCUAGAAAAAUUAAAAAUCAAUGAGGAUAAAUCAUUCCCUUACAAUAUUCAAUCAGGUGAGGAAAUUACAGAGUGAUGACAGUUUCUGCACAUCAAUAUUAUACAUUUCAAUUUGAUUUGUGUUGUCUAGGAAAAUGUCACCAUAAAAAUGUGUUACAUAAACAUUAAUAUUGCUGACAUACACUUUCAAUUCUACAUUGGCCAUGAUACUGGAGCUACCCAUAUUUGUUAUACUUCUUAUCAAUCUCUUUUUCUUCAUUCUGGUGGCUUGAAUAAGAAGUGUCAUGUGUUGUUCACUUUACUUUGACUAAAUGAAGUUGCAUAUAGUUGAAUAGCCGUGACUGAAACACACAUCUCAGGUAUAAAAGCAAAUGAACCAAACAUACUGUCAAAGCAUAUAAGAAUUAUAUAACUAAUAAUUAUAUUUAAUGUAUAUCCACAAUUUAUAUCAAAUAAUAUAUUUUUAUUACCUUAUACUA